AUGGCCACGGCCGAGACAUCGCCGGACCGCGACACCCACCAGGAGGCCGAGGCAGCAGGACAGCCGGAGUCUCGGCCACCUGCCGGAAACGGAGUACACACACCCAAGCCUCGCCCGGAGCGGGGGGAAAGGAGGCGCCUUCCGCCGUCCCGGGGCGGACACGCGCAGCCCAGGCCCCUGCCCAAGACCGCCGGCCAUGGCGCCAGCCCUCAGCAUGACGCCGCAGCCCGGGCAGCGACGAGCGGAGCUCGAAACGCCUCGCCGCCGCCGCACAUCACCCACCGCGCCGCCCGGAUGACGUCUCCCUCCGCGCGAAGGGAACCCGUCGGAGCGCGCCCACCCCCACCCGCCGUCUUCGACGGCCGGGCGCUGCCGCCACCGCCGGCGCCCGGCGGCGGCAGCGGCCAGACGGGCGAGAUCGAGGGGCGCUGUUUUUUUAGGGUUGGGGUUUCUCCAGAGCCGCUCGCGCGAGCGGCCCGCCAUCUAGAGGAGACUUGA